CCCCACAAACCGGCUAAUUCUCCUUAUAAUUUGGUGUAUUAGAGUCAAAUUAAAUUAAUUUAAGACUGUCGGUAUGCCAACCCCCUGCAUUACCGAUUCAGUAAUCAUCGGCGUUAGUUCAUUAUCGAAGUUAAUUUUAUCGAUAAAAGCAAGAAAUUGGUUUAGUUCCCCCAAAACCGGGCCCAAAUAACCACAAAAAUGGACAGUGGUGACGACACAAUCAAUAACGAAAACGUCCGGAGAACCCGAUCCGGGAAAAUCGUGCGUACGCCCCCGGCGGCCAAAACCCCCGCGAAGAAAACCCGCAAAAAGGUCGUCCUCAUGGAGGUCGAAGUCUCCGAGGAGGAGGAAGAACACAAAGUAAAGACCGAACCCGAGCAUAACAACGGCACGGAAAACCACGAGGAAGUAGCAGAGGCCCCCAUAGAAAUUGAAACUCCAACUAUUAAAACGGAAAUAGAGGAAAAUGACACUCCCGUGAAGGAGGAAAAUAACGUGGAGGAGGAGGAGGAAACCACCAACGGAGUUGAGGAGGAGGAAACCGAGGAAAAACAAGUGCCAAGUGGCGAACCCGACGCUGAGAAUAUCUCAGAGGAUGAAUUACCGACCGUGCAAGCUGUGAAAGUCCCCGAAACGGAAGAAGUCUCCGAUGAGGAGUUACCAGGGCCGAAACGUGCCGAAUUACCGGCUGAUACUGAGGUAGUGUCAGAAGACGAGUUACCAACUGUGAAAAAGGAAGCAAAUAAACGUAAACUGACAGAGGGGGAUUACGAUCCAGGUUCGCCAACGUCAGAAGGUGAAACGCCGGCUAAGAAAGCCUCACUGGAAAACACCACAGUUAAGGAAGAAGAGAAAAACACCAAACCGAAAAAAUUACCAGAAUUGGAUAAAUACUGGAAGGCUGUGAAUGAUGAUCCUACUGAUUUCACCGGUUGGACUUAUUUAUUGCAAUAUGUGGAUCAGGAGAAUGACAUGGAGGCGGCCCGUGAAGCCUACGACGCGUUUUUGUCACAUUAUCCAUACUGUUAUGGCUAUUGGCGGAAGUAUGCCGAUUAUGAGAAGCGGAAAGGGAAUAAGAAAAAGUGCGAAGAGGUAUUCGAGAGAGGCUUGAAAGCGAUUCCCCUAUCGGUCGAUUUGUGGAUCCACUACCUCACCUAUGUGAAAACGACCAAACCGGACGAUGAGGAGUACAUCAGGUCGCAGUUUGAGAGGGCUAUCGCCGCCAGUGGACUCGAAUUUCGCUCAGAUAGGCUUUGGGAUUCGUACAUCAAGUGGGAAACGGAAGGGAAACGGUUACAACACGUCACUUCGAUUUAUGACCGACUUUUUACAACGCCAACACAGGGAUAUACCACACAUUUUGAGAAUUUUCAAGAGCACAUCACGUCGAAUCCCCCCAAUAAAGUGGUUGAAGUUGAUGAGUUUUUGGCGUUACGGAAGGAAGUUAGGCAUAUGUUGAAGCAUGAUGCUGCUAAUGAAAAUAAAACUGAUAAUUCGGAUGUGCCGCCGGGUGAAGAUGAUGCCAGUAAGGCUACGAGUACGGAUGAGGAGACUAAAGCGAUAAGAGAGAGGAUUAUUUCGAUAAGGAGGAAGAUACACAAGAAUACAGUGGCGGCGGUCACGGCGAGGUGGAACUUUGAGGAAGGGAUCAAAAGGCCCUACUUCCACGUGAAACCCCUCGAACGUUGCCAACUGAAAAACUGGCAAGAGUACCUGGACUUUGAAAUCGAACAAGGCGACCAAGUCAGAAUCGUAGUCUUAUUCGAACGUUGCCUUAUCGCCUGCGCUUUAUACGAAGAAUUUUGGUUAAAGUUUGUCCACUAUUUGGAAAGCCUCAAAGACCCCGAACUCCAGCCGAAGAUUCGCGACGUUUACGAACGUGCCUGCACCAUCCACCAUCUAAAAAAACCGAAUUUGCACCUCCAAUGGGCCAUGUUUGAGGAAAGUGUCGGGAAUUUCAAUCGAGCUGCUGAAAUCCUCGUCAAUCUCGAAAAAUCAGUCCCAAAUGUGCUCCAAGUCGCUUACAGAAGAAUCAAUUUAGAGAGAAGAAGAAGCGAUAAUGAGAAAUGCGCACAAUUAUACGAACAUUACAUCAACAAUUCCAAAAAUAAGAUGAUUUCGAGUAAUAUAGCCAUAAAAUAUUCACGAUUUGUAUUGAAAGUUCUCAAAAAUACCGAAAAAGCGUUAGAGAUUUUACGGUCAGCGAUCACAAAGGAUCCGAAUAAUCCUCGAUUGUAUUUGCAAUUGAUUGAUUUGACGUUGCAACAAGAGGACGUGGCAGAGAAUGUUAUAAUUGAGUUGAUUGACUCGUUUUUGGAGAAGGAAACUGCCGAUGCGGACCAAAAAGUGCUUUUUGCCCAAAGGAAAUUGGAGUAUUUGGAGGAUUUUGGGGCCGAUAUACAAUCGGUACAAAAGGCCUACGAUGACUAUCAAAAAUACAUCAAGCAAAGUAAAGAGUCGGGCAAGAAAAAAGAGUCGAAAAAUGAUGCCACAUCGACGGGCAAAAAAGACAAAACGUCAAACCAGCAAGCAUCAGCUUCGAGUUAUGGGAGUUACGGUAAUUAUGGAAAUUCGUCCGCUCAAGGGUCUUAUCAAUAUUCAGGUUCUCAAACAGGACAGUACAAUUAUUCGUAUGGGCAAGGUGACCAAUACCAGUACCAAGGCUGGCAGUACCCACAAAGCGGUUAUAGUGGGUAUAAUCAAUGGGGGUCGUAUGGAGGGGGGUACAGUUAUUAGUUAUUCCACUUUUUUUAGUUUUUAGGAUUCGAUUUGUACACUUGUACUUUUUUUACGCCGAUCAUCGGUACCAAUUAUGUUCAUUUUAAUUUCGUGUGAAUUGUAACUAUGAUUGUAAUCUUACAAAAUAUAUUACAUAGUCUAUGUAA